GCAACGUAGAUUACAAACACCAGGCAUACUGAGAUCUCUUAUAAUUUAUUGUUAUACAAUAUUUUAAGAUGAUAUCCAAAAAAGAAUAUAUUUUAACACGGCCUUGGCAAGAAAGAAAAUACGCAUAUCACAGAAGAAAGGUCCAGAGUGCGGUCCCUGCUAUUGAUAAUAAACCUCCUGCAAUGCGACCUCAUGUUAGUUUAAAGUUGAAAAAGCAGCAAAAGGAAAAGGAAAGAACGAAGCAAAUUGAGUGGGAAAAUUUCCUUUUAUUGCAAAGGUUAAAUUAUAUCACACGUACUAAUCGCGUCGAUAAUUAUUGGAAAACACCUCAACCAGGAUUUUUAAACCGAGUUGGUUUGUACAAUAAUGGAAUUUACACCAUUGAAGAUGAAGAUUCAGGAGUAUCGGAUAUUGACUCUGAUGCAGAAUCUUCAAGAAAAUCGCGAUGCUCCGCUUGUAGACCAAAAAGGGAGAAAAAUAUACAGAUUCCCGAGGAAAGGAUACCUUGGGAACCAGAAAAGAAGCCGACCGGAAGAAUUAGAAGUAAAUCAGUUCCUGCAAGAAAAACAGGCUUGCCCUCAAUAAAAGAAGAACAACCACAGAAACAUCGUCCAAAAACUACUUCUCAUAAAAAAGACGAGUUAGUUGAAAUUAAAAGCGAUUUUGACAAAAAACAUGGGCAAAGUUUAAUAAUAACCAGAGGAUGUUUGAAACUUUGUGUCAAAAUUCCUCCAGAUACUACUGUCAAGUUCCAAAAUGGAACAAAGCAACAAACUCUAUCAAGAGGGCUAUGCAGUUGCAAAGCACUUUCUGGUCCUCAUUAAUAUUAGUAAUUAAGUAUUUGCAUACUAUAUUAUUAUGUGUGAGAGUGUCGUUUUGUAACUUUUGUAACUCAAUAAAGGUUUUGAUGGAAUAA